UUCCAACUGGACAUGUAACAGGAAGUAGCUGCUCGACUGUCAACAUGUUAACAGACACCAAUGAUGAAGAAGUGGCGCUUUUUGAUGCGGAGGAAGAUGCUGGGACAAAGUCCAAGUCUAAGAUCAAACAUCCAGUGGCAUCCUUCUUCCACCUGUUUUUUCGAGUGGUAGCUCUCAUUGUCUACCUACUCUGCGGCUUCUACAGCACCAGCUCAAUGGCCUGCAUGGUCACGAUCAUCCUCCUGCUGUCCUGUGACUUCUGGACUGUUAAGAACAUCACAGGUCGCCUGAUGGUGGGGUUGCGUUGGUGGAACCAGGUGGAUGACGAUGGACGAAGCCACUGGGUCUUUGAGUCACGGAAGGGAACAGGGCAGAUUCAGACGUCGGACUCAGAGUCUCGAAUCUUCUGGUUGGGGCUGAUCGUGUUUCCAGUCCUCUGGGUCAUUUUUUCCUUUACUGCUCUCAUCUAUUUGAAUAUUAAAUGGCUGCCGGUGGUCAUCAUGGGUGUGGUACUUCAGGGGGCAAAUCUGUAUGGCUACAUUCGCUGUAAAGUCGGUGGGAAAACCAGUUUGAAGAACAUGGCCACUGACUACUUGGGGCGGCAGUUUCUUAAGCAGACGCUGUCCAAAGAAGAGGGAUCGUAGAGGACAGCACAGCAAUAUAACAUUUAAAAGCUCGCACUCCUGGAGAAGGGCUUUUUUCAUACAGACUUUUCAUUCUGGAUUUAAGGGUUCUCUUUUGUGAUGGGAACAUUGACUCUUGUGCAGGAGUCGGCAGUUUGAGGGUCCAUGUAGCUAAACCUGAACAUCUGACUUUAAAUGGCUUUCCAUUGUGGACGGGAUUGUCGGCCAGCAUGGGGCGACAAAGUCAACUGGCCGUUUAUUGGUUGUAUACUUUCUUCUUUGUCAAACUGAAAUCCAUGUGUGGAAGAGAAUAAAGAUAUACAGUUACAAUUGAAGUAUUGUAAAGAAAAUGUACUGGGGUUCAGUCCCAGUUCCCCAUGUUUUCUCUGACACUGAACCCCAAACUUAUCCAGGUUCCUUCACUUGGAGGGGAUAAAUGUGCAUUAUAAUUACUAUAGGUGAAAUAGUUUCUUCGUUUUUUCAAUUGCUAGUCAUCAUUAAUAUUAUUUGGCAUUCAUGUCAAAGACUAAUAAUAUUUUUUCUGACCUUGAGGAAGAUGUUUGAAGUUUGAUGAACUUGUAAAGUGGUGUAAAGAAUGUAAACCAAGGCUUGUAAAUACAAUUGUGAAGAAACUAUAACUUGUUGUUCA